AGGUAAAAGGUUCCAACUCCCAAGGAGAUGGUGAAACCCUUAAUACAGACGGUGUGGAUGGUUCCCAAAACGGCACAACAAUACGCAAACCUGAUUAUGUAGUUAGUUGAUGGAAUGAUACUACUAGGAACCUCGUGGGGGACGAUUGAGAUUCACAGGCCCCAAAAGCUCCACAAGCAAUCUAUCAGGUUCAGGAUUGAGCAUCAGCAAUUCAGCAAUCAGGUGCCUUUGUGCAUCUAACGACAGCAACAGCAGAAAGGGAUGUAACGUUACCCAAUAUAAGAAAAGGCCAAUGUGGAUUGGCCUUUUCGACACUCAACACGUGACACGAAUCAAUCUUAUUUUCUAGAAUUUGGGUUUUUACGUACUGGAAUCUUCAUUAAUUAGCAAAUACUUGCUGUGGUGCUAUUUAAAAAUAAUAGCCACUGUUUAAGACUCAAUUUACUUCCCAAAUAUUCACUUAAAUUGGCAAAAUGCCUCAGAAGAAAGCUAUAAACGUGCUUCUCUUCUGCGUGAUUCUAGAAAAAGAAAAAUUCCACAGUAAAAUUUCUGGUUACACGAAUCGAGUUCUAGGGAAUUUUUGGACAGUUCGAAUUAAUGCCUAUUGCGCAUGCAAUACUCAAUAUUCAAAUUCUCGUGCCACAUUUGACUUUAGUGUAUUGUCUGAUUUAAACAAUUUCCUAACCCUACUAAUAUUUGUUUACAUUUUCCCAUUCUAAUCCUAUCUUAUUUUAGGCUGGAAACCUGAUGUUUUCAAAGUUGCACAAUGGAAACCUCUACAAAAAUAUGGAAAACAAAUGCUGAUUUACCUGAUUCCUAGAACAGAACACAGAACAGAGAACAAAAUAGUGAAAACUCAAAAAGAUGUGCCAGGCAAAAUCAGGCAAUGACAGAGUAGUAAAAGACCAAAGGCAGCAGCAAUAUGUCCUAACUUGAUUGACUGAAAAUUCGACACGAACGGGAACAUUAUUUCUCGAGCCUUGGCUCGAACUCAGAUAACGCUUUGUGUAGGAUUCUUUCUUGGAAGGAAGCUUUGACGUCGAACUGCAAAAAAAUGUGUGUGGUCUCAAAUACUUUCAUAUACCGGGUGAUUCAAAUUAGCCUUUCACCAGUGACAUCUCGCAAAUUAUGGAAAAUUCAUUUGAUCCUAAAGCAACAUAUGAAAAACAAUAGAUACGCAACGCAUUUCGAAGUCAUUUACACCCAGUAUCACAAUGUGUGAUAAACCAAAAAUAUAUAAAGUCGAUUUUCUUAUAGGCUUGAUUAUAGGUGACAAAAAUGUCACGAAUACUGUUCCCGUUUUUGUUUGUGAUGGUGUUGAUUUUGAGUCUACAAGCUGAAGAACAUAUUGAACAUCAACAUGUAAGCGUAUCGUUAGAGCCAGAACCUGUUGUCACAACUACAUCUUCACAAAACCCCAUUUCUACUCCCACAACAACAUCCGAGUCUGUCACAGAGACAAAUUCAGAAGAAACUGAUGAAAAUCCCUUAAUUGUGGAUAUUUCUACUGGCAAAAUUGAAGGACAAGAACUAAAAACCGUCGACCAGAAAAAACCUUAUUAUGCUUUUCAGGGUAUACCUUAUGCUAAACCACCAGUUGGUGAGCUUCGAUUUAUGGAACCAGUUCCUGCGGAAACAUGGAACUAUACCAUGAAAACCGUUAAAGAUGGACCAAUGUGUGUUCAGCUAUUAUCGACUUCAGGCUCAGAAGACUGUUUGUAUUUGAAUGUUUACUCACCAAAAACAAAAAACGAAGAGAAAUUGCCAGUAAUGGUAUGGAUAUACGGUGAAGCCUUUGUGGGAGGUUCUUCAAAAAUGGAAAAAUUCGGACCUGAUUAUUUUUUGGAACAAGAUGUCAUACUUGUGAGCUUCAAUUAUCGUACUGGAGUUUUUGGUUUCUUAAGUACCGGAGACUAUGCCGCCACAGGAAACUGGGGAUUAAAAGAUCAAAUUCUAGCACUAAACUGGGUGCAGCAAAAUAUUGAAAAAUUCGGUGGCGAUUCGAAAGAUGUAACAUUAUUUGGACAAAGUGCUGGGGCUGCUUGCGUUUCUAUUUUAAUCGAAAGCCCUUUGGCUAGAGGACUUUUUCACAAAGCAAUAAUGCAAAGUGGUACCAGCCUGAACUCGUGGGCCCACUCUCAAAAUGCCAAAAAAUCAGUUUACGCAAUGGCUCAACUUUUGGAUAUUAACACUAGUAAUACUAACGAAUUAGUGGAACACUUGAGAAAAGUAGAUUAUAGAACUUUACAUAUGGUUUCUGUAUCUACUGGUUUGGCAGAGCUUUUAACUCACAAUGCACUAAGCGGUCUUAUAUUUGCGCCAUGCAUUGAAGUGAAUCAUCCCGGAGCAGUUUUAACAAACUUCAGUCAUAGUAUCAUGAAAAACGGAGAUUUCAGUAGAAUUCCUGUAAUGGUAGGGUUCAAUUCAGAAGAAGGAGCUCGUGGUGUUGAUAUGUUGACAUUCCUAAAGCCCUAUGUAGCAAGUUAUGAUCUAUUUUCCACGCGUUUAGUACCAGCAAGCUUAAACAUAGAGAGAAGUCUUCAAAAGAUUGUUGCAGCUCAGUUAAUAAGAAUGAAAUAUUUUGGACUGAUGCCUAUUAGACUUUCAAAUAAGAACCUUAUAGGAUUCAUCACAGAUGAUCAAUUUGUCAGACCAAUAUACGAAUACAUAAAACAGUGUUCCAAAUACACGCCAACAUAUUUUUAUAUAUUUUCAUAUGAAGGAGCUUUAGGGGUGAAAGGUGAAAAUAGGGAACCUACAGGUGUGGGGCAUUCAGAAGAAAACCAUUAUCUAUGGAAUCAAGAGGAUAACAUUGAAAAUGCACCCAUUGAAGAUAUUUUAACGCGACAAAGAUUGAUUCGAUUGUGGACGAAUUUUGCUAAAACUGGAUAUCCUACGCCUGAGAAUGACGCACUGCUACAAAACGUAACAUGGCCACCAACAAAUUUCCAAACUAUGGUUUACUUGAACAUUACCAAAAAUCUGGAAUUGGGUACUAAUGUUGAGAAAUACAACAUUCAGUUUUGGGAUCAUAUAUUCCAACGUUUUGGAAAUCCGCCAUACGACACUUAUUGAAAAGGAACUAGAGCUAAUAAUUAUAUUCUAAUAAAAACUGUAUAUCAAUCUAGUAUAUUAAUGAAACUUUUAUGUCAAUAAAGAAGCUUGAGGCGCC